UUUGUGUGUGUGUGUGUCUGUGUGUCUGUGUUUUUUUUUUUUUUUUUUUUUUUUUUUUUCUUUUCUUUUCUUUUCUAGUGUCGCUGGCUGCGUGUGUAUAAGAGCAUUUUGACAGGAUCGGGACGCAGCCGUAAGCUGCAUUUGAGGGAGAGUUGAAGCUGUGAAGCAGGGGGCCGAACUUGCAGGGAAGCGGGUCACUAUGGGCAUAUUUGUGUCCAGGCUGUUGGCGACGUUGUUUGGAGAUAAGGAAGCGCGUAUUCUUGUCCUUGGUUUGGACAACGCCGGGAAGACGACCAUCCUUUAUCGAUUGCAAGUCGGAGAGGUCGUCUCAACCAUUCCUACUAUUGGCUUUAAUGUGGAGACUGUGCAAUACAACAAUAUUAAAUUUCAAGUUUGGGAUCUAGGGGGUCAAACGAGUAUCAGACCUUAUUGGCGAUGCUAUUACCCAAACACACAAGCAAUCAUCUACGUGGUAGACUCCAGUGAUACAGAACGCAUGUCCACGGCUCAAGAUGAGUUUCAUGCUAUUCUUCAGGAGGAGGAGCUGAAAGAUUCUGUGAUACUUAUUUAUGCAAAUAAGCAGGAUUUGCCUGGAGCCCUCGAUGCAGCAGCUGUUUCAGAGGCAUUGAAUUUGCAUACUAUCAAAAACAGGCAAUGGUCCAUAUUCAAGACCUCAGCCAUCAAGGGUGAUGGACUUUUUGAGGGCUUGGACUGGCUCAGCAACACUCUGAAGUCGGGGAAAAAGUAAACAUACUGGAAUUUGCUCUUUGCAACUUGGCAGUUCACAACGAUCAUUGUGCAGUGGAUCGUGAGAUGUUAGAGAGGGAAGCAGUGCUGGUAUGAGGAUCCUGCAAUAGGUGAAGCUUUGUAUAGAUCAUUUUAAGUAGGCUAACAUGUGGCACAUAUGGGCAUUAAAGAGAUUGCAAUUUGUAAUGAUAAGAUUCAAGUAAAUCCACAAUGUUUCUGUAUUGUGGAUGAUCAUGUUCUGUAGACUUUCUAUGGUACAACCUCGGUAAAAUUCUCUACAGUUAAACUACAGUCGUAUCAGACAUUCA